AUGGCGCCCAAGAGCAAGACGGCUGGCAUUGCGAAGAAGGCGUCGGGCGGCAAGAAGAAGCUUUCGGGAUUCAUGAAGUUCUCCCAGGAGCGCCGCCCCACCCUCAAGGCGGAGAAGCCCGACCUGACCUUCGGCGAGCUGGCCAAGGCGAUCGGCGCCGAGUGGAAGGCCAUGUCGGAGGCGGAGCAGGGCGAGUACAAGAAGUAG